CAUAGCUGAAAAUUCAGACCAGGAGAUUGCAAGCAGCUGAGAACAUGGAGACUUUGAAGGAUUUUGGUUUCUUUCUUUUCUCCAGUCCUACCACUGUACUUGGAGUAGGUCUCCUUUUCAUAAUCCUUUAUUUGGUGACUGUUGGUUCCUCCAGAGAAACGGGUAAAGAGCCUCCAGGACCAAAGCCUCUGCCUCUGCUUGGCAACCUGCUGCAGCUUGAUCUCCAGAGACCCUACAAAACACUGUGUGAGCUUUCCAAGAAAUAUGGGUCUGUAUUUACAGUUUAUUUUGGACCAAAAAAAGUGGUUGUCCUAGCCGGGUACAGGACAGUCAGAGAGGCUCUGGUCAACUAUGCAGACGAAUUUGGAGAAAGAGGAAUCACACCUAUGUUUGUGGAUUUAACAAAACAUCGUGGAAUUCUGUUUUCAAAUGGCGAAACAUGGAAAGAGAUGCGUCGUUUUGCCCUCAGCACCCUGAAAGACUUUGGGAUGGGGAAGAGAGUUGCAGAGGAGAAAAUCUUAGAGGAGUGUGGACACCUCAUUCAAGUGUUUGAGAGUUAUAAAGGGAAACCAUUUAACACAUCCUGUCCAACAAAUAAUGCAACAUCCAAUGUCAUCUCCUCCAUCGUGUUUGGAAGCAGAUUUGAAUAUGAUGAUCCUCAAUUCAGAGGCUUGGUUAGUCGAAUCACUGAGAAUAUUAAGAUAUCUGGCUCGGCAGGAAUCCAGCUCUACAAUACAUUUCCUUGGCUGGUUGGAUAGGUAAAAAGCCGUCAAGUUAUGUUAAAAAAUGGUGAAACGACGAUGAGAGAAAUUAAGGAUUUAACCCAGAAACUGAAAGAGACACUCAACCCUCAGAUAUGCAGAGGACUGAUCGACUGUUUUCUGAUUCAAAAGCAGAAAGAUGAGGAUUCUUGUGUCAAAGACACUCAUUUCACUGAGGAUAACCUGUUAUAUACAGUGGCAAACCUGUUUGCUGCUGGAACCGACACCACAGCUGCAACACUGAGGUGGGGUUUGCUGCUCAUGGCAAAGUAUCCACAAAUUCAGGACCAGGUUCAGGAGGAGCUGACCAGGGUGGUUGGAAGCUGUGAGGUUCAUGUGGAAGACCGUAAAAAUCUGCCGUACACUGAUGCUGUCAUCCAUGAGAUACAGCGGCUCUGUAACAUUUCUCCUAUGGCUGUCCCACACAAAACCAGUCAAGAUGUUACCUUUCAUGGAUAUUUUAUCAAAAAGGGAACUACUGUGAUUCCCCUCCUUACAUCUGUUCUGUAUGAUGAGAGUGAAUGGGAGAGCCCUCACACCUUCAACCCUUCUCAUUUCUUGGACAAGGAGGGAAGAUUUAUCAAGAGAGAUGCCUUUCUACCAUUUUCUGCAGGUCGCAGGGUGUGUCUUGGUGAGAGUCUGGCAAGGAUGGAGAUUUUCCUCUUCUUCACCUCACUCCUUCAACGUUUUCGUUUCAUUCCUCCACCUGGAGUUUCUGAAGAUGAUCUGGAUCUGACUCCAGCGGUGGGAUUCACCAGCCCUCCUUCUCCUCAUGAGCUCUGUGCCAUCAGUCGGCAGUGAAGACUGAAGCACUGGAUUGUAGAUGAUUUUACUAUCAUAUGUUACUUUUGCAUAUCUUUACUCUUAAUUUGCUUUAAAUAUGCUUCUUUAAUUUGAACACUUUACUUAAAGAGUUGGAUAGUUUUUACUGUUUUAGUUACUGGCCUUAUCCCUGCAUCUUUCUACUGAGUUAAUUUCACUGACUUAUAUAGAUGAUAAAGAGAUUCAAUUUG